AUGGAUGGGAGAAAUUCCACCACAGUGAAGGAGUUCAUACUUUUAGGGUUCACGACAGAUCCAUGGUUACAGAGAGCUCUCUUUUGCAUCUUCCUCAUCACUUAUAUCUUCAGUCUCUUGGGGAACAUCACCCUGAUUUCUCUGAUCUGUGCUGAUUCUCAGCUCCAUACGCCCAUGUAUUUCUUCAUUGAAAGCCUUUCGUUCCUGGAUCUCUGGUAUGCUUCUGUCUAUGCCCUCAAAAUCCUGAUAACCUGCAUUUCUGAUGACAAAAGCAUCUCCUUUGCUGGCUGUGCAGCUCAGUUCUUCUUCUCAGCUGGACUGGCCUACAGUGAGUGUUAUCUGUUGGCCGCCAUGGCUUAUGACUGCUAUGUGGCCAUCUCCAACCCCUUGCUUUAUUCCCAGGUGAUGUCCCCACGGUUAUGUGCCAGUCUCGUUGCAGCUUCAUACUUUGGUGGCUUUCUGAACUCAGCCAUCAUCACCAGUGAAACAUUUACCCUGAGUUUCUGUGGGGACAACCUCAUUGAUGAUUUCUUCUGUGAUCUGCCUCCGCUUGUCAAGUUGGCUUGUGAUGUGGAGGAGAGUUACCAGGCGGUGCUCUAUUUUAUACUUGCCUCCAAUGUCAUCACUCCCUCUGUGCUCAUCCUGGCCUCCUAUCUCUUCAUCAUUGCUGCCAUCCUGAAGAUCCGCUCCACGCAAGGCCGCCUCAAGGCCUUCUCCACCUGUGGCUCUCACCUGAUAGCUGUCACCUUGUACUACGGUUCCAUUCUCUUCAUUUACUCCCGGCCAAGUACUAGCUAUGCCCUGGAAAGGGAUAAAGUGGUGUCGGUGUUCUACACGGUGGUGAUUCCCAUGUUGAAUCCCUUGAUCUAUAGCUUAAGAAAUAAAGAUGUUAAAGGUGCCCUGAGGAAAAUGUUAGAUAGAGCCACGUUUCUCAGACAGAGGCUUUGGUAA